AUGUCAAACCAAAAAGCAGAUCAGAGUGUUUUAGAUGACAUAACAAACAACAACACAGUUUUAGUUCAACCACCUGUGGAUGAGGCUGAGCGGAAGAGGGAAGAGAGGAAUAGAAAACAACAAGAAUACCGAGCAAGGAUAAAGGCUAACGAAACUGACGAGCAGAGAGAAGAGAGGAAUAAAAGGCGUCGGGAACAACGAGUAUUGAAGAGGACAGAGUCAUCGACGCAUAAUAUAGGGCCUGAUCAUGGUCAACAAGCACCAUAUGGAGUGUGUUCAGGUAUUCUCCAAGCAUCAGAUGCUGAGGACAAGGGAAAUGUGUGCCCGGAAAACAAUACGGAUUGGCUACAUAAAAAUUAUAAUUAUGUCCGUACAAGACAACUGACCUCUCAUACUUCAUGUGUGCCCAACAGCCUGACAAGCCACAAUCUGUUCAAUGCAACAACAACUCCAGAGGACCAUCUGGAGGCACCUCGUGCUUUGGAUAUUGAUGAUCUUCUUGAUGACGAAGAGACCAGGCAGUACAUUGGUGAAGAUGGUGCCUUCGAGUCCUAUCGUGUCAGUGUUGAUGGUGUUGAUCUGAAUAACAAUGAAGAUCCUUACGAUUAUGUCUACCAAAAUUUGUCCGAUAGGCACCAUGUUCUGAGAAAGGUGCCUAACUGCUUGUACUAUGGAGCAAUGAAAUUUCAAUAUCUGUUGUAG